GUAACAGGAGGGAAAUGAAAGUACCAAAGUGUUUAAACACAAAAAAAUCGAAUUCACUCACUUUACCGCAAUCUCUCUCUCUCUUUCUCUUUCUCCCUCUCCCUCUCCCUCUCUCUCUCUCUCUCUCUCUCUCUAUAUAUAUAUAUAUAUAUACACGCGAUUUCCCCUAAAACCCUAGAUUUCGAUUUGAGCAUUUUCUAUUGGUGCGCAUUUUAAUGCUGUUUCCGGCGAAUUUUUUAAUUCGCGAAGGUGAUUGUUUAGUUGAUUGGUAAAGAAGACAGGCUUUGUAGCAUUCUUGUGUUUAAAAAAAAAAAUUGAUUUUAUGGCAAAGGUUGCUACACAGCCUGCUCCUGGUUCGUUAACUUCCGGUUCUCUUCAAAUUGGAGGGGCUGCUUUAAAGGUCGGCGAGGGUGCAAUGUUCAAAAGAAAGACCCCUUCAGAACUAAGAGAAGAGCAACUGAAGAGGAAAAAUGUUGUAGAGAUUGUAGAUGAAUCUCCAGCCCCAUUAUGUGGCUUGAUAAAUAACCCUAGUGAUAAUGGGCCUAAGAAACCAGAUUUACCAAGGAAUCCAAGAUACAUUGACACCCGUAUGGAUGAAUUAUAUCCUGCUAAAAAGUCCAGGCUCAGGGUGCUUUCAGCAAAGGAUAAUGCAAAGGAAAAUAUUUCAACUGAGCAAACAGUCAGCCUUAAGAAUAUUGCCAUCCUUUCAAAUUUGGCCGCCAAGAGACGAAUCUCACGUUCAGAGAAUCCUGCUCUUGCUUCUGUAGAUCCUGAAGAGGGUAAGGCGCAAGCUUGUCAAACAAUAGAAAGGUGUAGUCAAAGUAUAUUUCGAAGUGUUACCGAACUUUCAUCCAAUGGUGAAAAAUCCUCGGGUUCAACCAUUGUGGAUAUGGAUAAAGCAUUAAAAGGACUAGUUGCCCAUGAACUGCAGACCGAUUCUGCUUCACCUGCCGACUUCUCUAAGAAUUUUGGUAAUCAUGCUUCAUUUCAUUCAGGCAAUUUCGUCUCAGAGUGUCUUGUACCAGGCUCAAAGGCUCCUCUGGAUUUUACUUUGAAAACAAAAAUGCGGGUGGCAUCGUCUUGCUCAGUCAAUUGGAUUCACAGAUCAAUUUUGGGUAGCGCAUACAAUGCAAUACCACAGUUAACAUCCCAAUUUGGUUGUUCUGAGGAUAGCAGUGGCUCAGGGCAGGCAUUGACUUCCCAGAUUCUUAGUUCUAAAGCAUUGCAUUCAUGGGUUUAUCCUCAGUGUAUACUACCACCUUCUGUCAUAUCAGUGUUGAGCUCACAAGCUGCAGAGGGAGAUUUUUUAAGAAAACGGCAGCUGGGAUGGGAGGAUUCUUUUCGGAGUCUUUAUUACAUGCUCCGAAAGAACAUUUGCAAUAUAUUUUAUGUGUGCACUUCACAUUUUGUAGUGAUGUUCAUCUGUAGUAGUGGUUCAGGAGGAACCAAACACUCAUGUAAUGCUUACAUAUCCCAAUCAACAAGGCGUCUGAGGUCAUUGCUAAAAGAGCAUGAUGUUUGCUUCUCUAUGCCACUUUGCCAUUCUAAAGAAGAGCAAGCGACCACUGAAGAUCUAGUUGAGCUCUCAGAGAUUGAGAAGCAAAAUUUGGGCCAGACUAGACGUCGGACAUCCUCAUCUGAUGUUGAUAAUAGUCCAGAAUCCUUACUGGCUUUUUGUGGAAAUAAAGGCGUACACGCAUUAUAUGACUUCUUGUUAAAUUACAGAUCUUCCCUGACUGUUCUGUCUGGUGUGGAUGUUCCUGUAUUGUAUUCACCUGUGCCAUUUCAGAACUCUGCUCUUUCUGCUCCGGAGAUAAGAUGUGUGGAGAUGAAAAGAGCUGAUCAUAUUGCUGCUUCCGCUAAAGAGUCUAAAAUCAAAGACAGUGAAUCUUUACAAGGUUCAUCUUCUGGUCUUCGCUCUAGCAUUGAAAUUAAGGAUGCAUUUAUUCCGUCAUGGAUUAUUUGCCGUGUAUGUGCAUUAAUGGGAUCUGAAGGGAAUAGUUUUGAGGCAAGCUUUAUAACAGAGCGAACCUCAAUUGGCUUGAACAUUGCUCUUCAAACAUUGUCCGAGAAAUCAGAUUCUAAGGAUGUGACAAGCAAAGGAUUGCAAGAAAGCAGUCAGUGUUUUGGUAUUCCAGAAGCUACCAUGACUCCUUGCUUGGGUUCAGGCUUCUUAAAGGGUUUGAAGUACACUGACGGAUAUUAUACAGCUUCUCUUUCUCCUAUAUGACAUUCUGCUAACACGGCGUCUAGCUGAAAUGCGAUAUUGAGAUGCUGCAACAGAGCUUGGUGGUCUCUCCUUUCUGACAUUUUGCUUCUGUGGUCCAGAGCUGAAAUGCAACAAUGAGAUACAGCUACAGUUUUUUCACAGCUUUCCUGAUAUUUUGCUUUCAUGGUCUCUAGCAGAGAUGCAUUAUGCAAAGUUUGAAAUGUUUCUUACUCCAUCUUAUUGUUACUACCAUUCUACCCCCUGUAUUGUAAUCCUGUAUGAUAAACAGUAGCUAACUGAUGCUUUAUAGCACAAGAAUUUGAGAAAGCUGAUUCCUGGUUUCUUUUCUCCUGACA